AAAAAUAAUUUUAUGCCCUGUAUUUACAUUAAAAUUUGGUUUAUGUAAUAAAUAUAAAAGAUUGACCAGGUGUUUUAUAAAAAUUAGAAAAAAUAUAUAUGGCAGUUCUUUCAUUAGUUUAAAAAUUUUACCAGAACGGCAUCUCUUCAACUCGCGUUUUACACCGCGUUUUUGUUUGUAAAGUAUAUUCCACAAUUUCUAUAUAUUUGUAUAUUUUAGCAAAUACAUUAAAUAAUGGCGAGUACUAGUUUCAAAGCUAGUUCAUCAGCUGGUGAGGAAGCAUCAUUUGCAACCGGGCAAGAACCAGUAACGACACCAGUAUGCAUGAUUGUGCUUGGCAUGGCUGGCUCUGGAAAGACCACAUUCGUUCAGAAGCUUACUCAGCUUUCAUUUACUCAUUUCAAACCGUAUGUUAUAAAUCUUGAUCCUGCGUGUCGAGAAACUCCAUACCAUGCUAAUAUUGACAUCAGAGACACGGUGAACUACAAAGAAGUUAUGAAACAGUAUAAACUGGGUCCGAAUGGUGGAAUUGUCACCUCGUUGAACUUGUUUGCCACUAAAUUUGAAAAGGUGGUGGAGUUAAUAAGGCGCGCUGGCCAGCAGGGUCACAAGUGGUGCAUUAUUGAUACACCUGGACAAAUCGAAGUAUUUACAUGGUCGGCUUCUGGCACUAUAAUCACUGAGGCACUAGCUACCAUGUUUCCAACUGUUGUAGUGUAUGUGAUGGAUGUUGUGCGUUCCAUAAGCCCGACCACAUUCAUGUCAAAUAUGCUGUAUGCCUGCUCCAUAUUGUAUAAAGCUCGCCUGCCUUUCAUUGUGGCACUCAACAAAAUAGAUGUGCAGGACCAUGAUUUUGCUGUUGAGUGGAUGAAUGAUUUCGAGGCUUUUCAGGAAGCACUAGAGAAAGAACAAAACUAUAUCAGUAAUUUGACAAGAACAAUGUCCCUUACACUCGAUGAGUUCUAUCGUAACCUACGAACGUGUGGGGUGUCGUCGAAGACGGGGAUUGGAUUUGAUCGAUUUUAUGAUUUAGUGGGCGAUUGCGCGAAAGAAUACGAACGCGAUUAUAAAGCAGAAUACAUCAAACUACGAGAGGCCAAAUUAACUGAAGAAGCGAAAAUGAAAGAAAAUAAAUUAGCUGCGAUCGCAAAGAGCAAAGGUGAAGGAAGCGAAGUACAUUUGGGUGGUUUUGUAGAGGAGGUUCCACUUGGCCGAGAAUUGUCUGAUAUUUAUCUCAAACAUCCUGGAAAUGAGAGUUCUGAGGACGAAGAAGGUCGCGAAGAAGAAGCACCUACCUUUAAUGAAGAUCAUGUGGAGGAACAAAACUUCAAUCAGUUUGUGAAACAGCACACGGAUGCUCAAAAAGAAAAAAAUAUACAAAAAUGAUAUGAGAAGCGCGUGAAACAAAAUGAAAUACCAGAUUCCAAUGAGCUAGUUUUAGAAAAUUCCUAAACCAAUAAUAAUUAUAAAUUAUGUGUAUAUAUACUUUAUUAAUGAUUUAAAUUGAGUAGGUUUUUAGGCGCAAAAGCUAACUUAUGUUGUAUUAGGCGUUACAGUUUACCGACUAAGAAGAUAAUUGAAAUGUACGCGCGCAUAUACAUAUGUAUGCUUAUAUACGUGGUUGUAUAGUAUUACUUAUGAAUUUGUAGUAAUCUGUAAAUUUAUAUAUGAAAAUGUAACCGCUACAGAAUAUAUGGUAUAUAGUAGUAAGUUACUAAUUUUGUGGUGGCGUAGUCAAAAACAAAGCACUGUGUAAUCAUUUUAGAAACAGCAGUUACAUAUAUAAAG